UUUACAAAAAUGACUCCAGAAGAAUUGGACGAAUGUUUUGAGUUUGUGCAAAAUUUAAUUAGACAAUGUGGUGAUAUUUUUCUUGAUGGCUUUAAAGAUUGCGGGAAAGUUGAGAAUAAAGGAUCACAUUAUGAUCUUGUUACUGUUUAUGAUCGUAAAAUCGAGAAUGUAUUGAUUAACGGAAUCAAGGAGAAAUAUCCGAAUCAUAAAUUCAUAGCUGAAGAGGAUCAAUCAUCCACAAAACAACCACCAAUUUUAACUUCUGCUCCAACAUGGAUAAUCGAUCCAAUCGAUGGAACAACAAAUUUCAUCAAAAAGCUUCAUUUUGUUUGCAUUUCAGUAGGAUUUGCUAUAAACAAUGACUUAAAAAUUGGAUUCAUAUUCAAUCCGGUCUUAAAUGAGUUUUAUUCAGCUAGAAAAGAUCAAGGUGCAUUUUUAAAUGGAAAGAAAAUCUUUGCAAGGAAAUCAGAAGAACUAAAAGGUUCUUUGAUUGCUCAGUGUAUUCACAUUGGUGGAAUCCCUGCAUUUAAACAUCAAUUCAUGGAAAGAACGACAACAUUUCUUCGAAAAACGAUUGGAAUCAGAGUUUUUGGAUCGGCUGCACUGACACUGGCAUAUGUUGCAUCUGGAGCUAUUGAUGCAUACACUAUUGAGUAUCUUAAACCUUGGGAUAUUGCAGCAGGUGUCCUAAUAGUUCAAGAAGCUGGUGGAAUUGUGAUUGACACAAACGGAGGAGACUGUAAUAUCAUGAAACCAAAUAUUAUUGCUGCAGGAACUAUGAAAAUCGCGAUGGAAAUAAAGAAUGUAUUUGAUGAAAUUGACGCGAGACUUGAAAUUGAAGGAAAGCUUCCAAGACAAUUGAUGGACAAAAGUAAAAUUCAAUGUCUCUCACCAUCACUCUCAAACCACUUCACACUCAUCACAUUUAAUACUCAAAAAAAUAAUUCUCCCAAAUUUUCUCUUCAAACAAAAUCAAAUCUCAAUAAAAACACAAAUUUUAUCAUCAUUUUAUUUUAUUUGUUAAAAUGACUCCAGAAGAAUUAGACGAAUGUUUUACUUUUGUUGACGAUUUAGUCAGGCAGUGUGGUGACAUCUUGCUAGAAGGUUUUAAAGAUUGUGGUGAAGUGACAAACAAGGGUGCAGAUCAUGAUCUUGUGACAUUAUACGAUGGCAAAAUUGAGAAUGUGCUGAUCAAUGGAAUUAAAGAGAAAUAUCCAGAUCACAAAUUUAUAGCAGAAGAAGAGCAAGCAUCAGCAAAAAAUCAGUCAAUAUUAACUUCUGAUCCAACAUGGAUUAUCGAUCCAAUCGACGGAACCAUCAACUUUGUCAAAAAGCUUCAUUUUGUUUGCAUUUCCGUAGCAUUUGUUAUUGACAGUGACUUGAAAUUCUCCUUUUUGUUUAAUCCAGUCUUAAAUGAAUUUUACUCAGCACGCAAAGGUCAAGGUGCAUUUUUAAAUGGAAAUAGAAUUUUUGCAAGCAAAGCUGAACAGUUGAGAGGAUCAUUAGUUGCCCACGAAAUUUCACUCGGAUGCGUUCCAGCAUUUUCUGCAUCGUUUAUGGAGAGAACAGUAAAGUUCCUUCAAAAGACAAUUGGUAUUCGUGCACUUGGUUCAGCUGCUUUGACACUUGGUUAUAUUGCAAAAGGUGCAAUUGAUGCUUACAACAUUGAAUACUUAAAGCCAUGGGAUAUAGCAGCUGGUGUUCUAAUAAUACGUGAGGCUGGUGGUGUUGUGAUUGAUAAAAGUGGUGGCGAAUACAACAUUAUGAAACCAAACAUAAUUGCUGCAGGAACAAUGAAAAUGGCAAUGGAAAUUAAGGAACUUAUUGACGAAAUCGAUGCAAAAUUAGAAAGUGAAGGAAAACUGCCUGAACAAUUAUUGAAUAAAAAUAUUUAACUUGUGA